AUGCGUUUCCUUUUUGACUUUCAUCGGAACGGCAGGUUGACUAAAGGUAUUAAUGCUACGUUCAUUGCUUUGAUCCCCAAAACGGAUAAUCCUCAACGGUUGAACGACUUUCGGCCUAUUUCGCUUGUGGGAAGCCUUUAUAAAAUUCUGGCGAAGGUUUUAGCUAAUAGGUUGCGACAAGUGAUUGGCAGUGUAAUAUCUGAGUCCCAGACUGCGUUUGUGAAGAAUAGGCAAAUUCUUGAUGGUAUUCUAAUUACAAACGAGAUAGUGGAUGAGGCGCGUAAGUCUAAAAAGGAUCUUAUGUUAUUUAAGGUAGAUUUUGAGAAAGCUUAUGAUUCGGUGGAUUGGGGUCCGACUGAUGAAUUUCCUCUUCGGCGAGGUCUUCGGCAAGGUGACCCGAUUUCAACUUUCCUUUUUCUUCUGGCGGCUGAGGGUCUCAGUGUGCUUAUGGAAGCGAUGGUAGCGCGUAAUUUGUUUACGGGAUAUAGUAUUGGUGGUCAGGAGUCAAUCAGGGUGUCACAUCUUCAGUUCGCUGAUGAUACUCUCAUGUUGGGGGUUAAAAGUUGGGCAAAUGUUCGAGCUCUUCGGGCUGUUUUAGUGUUGUUUGAGACUAUGUCGGGGUUGAAGGAGUUUGGAGGUUUGGGGGUUAGACGGUUGCGUGAAUUCAACCUGGCGUUGUUGGGUAAGUGGUGUUGGAAGAUGCUGGUGGACAGAGAGGGCAUGUGGUUUAGAGUUUUGGCAGCUCGGUAUGGGGUUGAGGAUGGUAGACUUUGCGAGGGAGGUCAGCGAGGCUCGGUGUGGUGGAGGGAGAUUGUGCGUAUUAGAGAGGGUGAGGGUGAGUUACGUGGUAGGUGGUUUGGGGAGCAUGUUAUGAGGAGGGUAGGGGAUGGUUUAGAUACUCUUUUUUGGACCGAUCCUUGGUUGGAUGAGAUCUCGUUGAGGGAGCGGUUUGGUCGCCUUUUUGCGUUGGCUAAGACCAAAUCGCACUCGGUCGCAGAGAUGUUUGCUUUAGGGUGGAGGGCAGAUGAAGAGGCGUGGGUGUGGCGGAGGCGGUUGAGGGCGUGGGAGGAGUUGUUGAGGGAGAGUCAGUUUUUACUUCUUGACAUUUCUUUGCAGGAUCAGACUUUGGACAGGUGGCAGUGGCACCCAGAUCCUGAUGCAGGGUAUACGAUUGCUGGAGGUUAUCAGAUUCUGACUCAUCAGGCUUAUGUUGCUUUACAUGAUGCGGAAAACCUUAUUUGA